CUGUUUAUCAUAUGGCUAUAUAUUCAUGCGAGUCGAAUAAGUUGAGUUAUAUGUGUGUAGAAAAUAUGUCUGCCAACUUGUUAUACCCCUAUUGAAAAUACAGUAGUCUCAUGUCGAAGAAAUAGAAAAACAGUAGUCUUUAUUUUAGAAAGUUUAUUUAUUAGUCUGGGCAUCUAAACAAAGCACUUCUGCUUUUGAAAUGUUCUUGUUCAGCAAAAGCAGCCCACCUAACCUGUCCCUAUAAAUAGUCUAGCAUAAGAGCUCAAAAUUCAAACAACCUUAAGCUUCAAACACUUUUCUCUAUAACCCAGUUCUCCUCCUUUUUUUUUUUUUUAUUGCUGAGUUAACCCAGUUCUCCUCCUCAUAAAGCCAAACCAAUAUAACCAUUGGAUUGAAUUCAGUUCGGGUUCAAUCCAUUGUUUUAAGGUUUUAAGAAACUCAAAGGCAACCUAUGAACUCUUGAAGAUUAGACACGGUUUGUCCGGUACCAGUUCCUAUCUUCAAACAAGAUUUCCAAACUUAUUAAGAUCGGGAUUGUCAAGAUGGACAAGGUUACAAGAUUGGCUUCAGAGAAUGGGAUAGUGAUAUUCAGCAAAAGCUCCUGUUGCAUGUGUUAUGCAGUCAAAAUUCUAUUUUCUGAGCUCAGGGUGAGGCCCACAAUUCAUGAGAUUGACCAAGACCCUGAAGGCAGGGAAAUGGAGAAAGCUCUCAUGAGGUUGGGUUGUAAUGCACCUGUACCAGCUGUAUUCAUUGGAGGAACGUUGAUAGGAUCUACCAAUGAAGUCAUGUCCCUCCAUUUAAAAGGCUCGUUGAGUUUAUUACUGAAGCCUUAUGAAGCUUUAUCCUAAAUUUACUACUCCAACAGCUUGUCAGAACAAUAAAUUUGGCUCAAACUAGUAGUGCAUCAAGCGCCAUAUGGAAUUAUAUUUGUAGUGUUUGUGUGAAGUACUGUGUAGCAUUUGAUUACCUAUAGUGUGUAAUAUGUUUCCUAUUCUUAAUGAAGUUGACUUUUAAGUA